GCUGUGGACUGCCCUAUGUCAGAUAUAGAACCAGACUCACCCCAUGAGCCACGGAUGCAGGAGCGCAAGGAGGACCAGGCUGACGAGGAAAAAGAGCUGGACAGAAUUCAGACAACAUCUAGAGAAAAGGAGAUUAAAGUCCAGCUCAGGUUGAAGAACUUGGCAGAGUUGAAUGAGAAGAUGCACCAGGGAGAGCAGCCUGAGGAAGUGGAGGACAAAAGUGGUAAGAGCGUUUGCACUCAGAAGGGAGAUCUUCCCCUAUUUUCAGAAGUUUGGGUCAGCUUUGACAAGUUGAUGGAGGCUGCAGGGAGGUCUAGAGAGCAUCAUGAGGAGAUGGGGAUUAAGUUAGUCUCUACGGACUUACUUAACCUAAAGGGCCUUUUGAAGAAGGGCUUUGCAGCAGCCAAGGCUUCGGCUCAGAAGGUUGGGGAAAGAUUGACGAAGGUGGCUCAAAAAGUAUAUGGCCAGAGGGUGGAUUGGGAAAGAGAGGUUGAAGGUUUGAAGAAGGAGUUGGGAAGGCAGAGUAAGGAGAUGGAUGCAGCGAAAGUAGACAUGAUGGAAAUCAGGGCUGAGAAUGAAGCUAUCAAGCAUGUCAACCAGAUCCUCAAUAAGGUCAAUGACGUUCUGAGGGUCUAUUUGCAGGCACAACAGGUUUCCUUCCAAGCGAUGAAGGCUGAGUGGGAAAAGAGGAUAAAGGACUUGGAAGCCAAGUGUGCACAGCAGGCUCCUAUUGCAGUAGUGGAUUGGACAGAGGUCCAGGGGUUUGAGAUCAGGAGACGACCUACAGAAAAAACCUUCAAAAGCCAGAAGAAAGAAAAGAAGGCGGACCUGCAAGAGGGUGAGGAGGUUCCCCUGAUAGAUAAAGAGAUGUUGAAUCCACAUGAGGAACUAGUUGGGAAGGACACAGAAGGUGGAGAGUUUAAAUGGAGGAUGCCCGCUGACCUAACACUUGGACAGGAGCCAGCGAAGCCAAAGGAGAGGUCACCCGCUGAGGCCAUGAGGAUUGAAGUAGUUCCACCUAUAACUAAGGGAGAGACCGUGGGACAACAGGAGGUUCAGGAGAGUGUGGGUCAGACCAUGGUGGAGGCCGAGCUGAGAGUGGAUCCGAGGGGCUGCCAGGGGUCCACCAUACCUCAGGAUAUGCCUCUUGUUGCAGAUCUGCGGGACGCAUUGGGGUCUUGGGCCACUGACUCUGGACCAGAGGGACGAGUUAGUGAGCAGGUGACGCGGACAGAUGGCAGAGCAGCAUGUCCCACUUCCCCGAAGGUCCCACAACAGGAGGUCACGAGUAAGGUUACAGCAACUCCGUCAUCUGUACCCUCGCAGGAAGGAGACAAGAUGUCCCAGAAGAAGAUUGGCAAAUGUUUCUACUGCAAGAAGGGCAAACACCGAUCUUUCGACUGCCCCAAGAGUCUCAAAGAUGAGGCAAAUGGUUUGGCCGUCAGAGAGUCAUCUGGAGUGUGGAGAGAUAGGAAUGAAAUUUUGGUUCCUAAGACUCGUGAUGGGGCAAGGGCACAGUUGUAUAGGCAGCUGCAGGAGGUCAUGAGUGAUCGGGAAUGAGUUGUUGACCUGCCCAUAUGGAUGUUGGUGUGAUGAAGAUGAACAUUGUGAAGUAAACUAAUCUGCACAUU